AUGAGUUUUAUACCUCCACCAAACUUUGGUUAUGUUGAACCUGAUUUAUAUCGGUCUGCUGUACCAAGUGACAUGAAUUUUCCAUUUCUACAGACUCUACAUCUCAAAACAGUCAUUUAUUUAUCAUUAGAUGCUCCCUCAGUACUAUUUCUCGAAUUUUUAAAGGAACAUAAUAUAGAAUUAAAGCAAAUAUCUGGUGCAGAAACAACUGGCUUCGCCCAAAGGGUUUCAGAACAAUUAGUUUUAGAUGCACUUCAUUCAUUACUAAAUCCUAAUGCUUAUCCUAUUAUUGUUAUGUGUAAUUUAGGAAGACAUAGAACUGGAACUGUUAUUGGCUGCCUUAGACGUCUUCAAAAAUGGAGUUUAUCUGCCAUUUUUGAUGAAUUUCGUAGAUUUACAAAUGCAAAAUCUAGCCCUCAACAUGAGCAAUUUAUAGAGUUGUUUGAUACAGAAUUAGUAGAAAUACCAGAGAAAGUCGAUCAAUUACCUUUCAAGUUAAUAAAUACUGUGCAAAAAGCACCAGAAGAGCCUCCGCAAGUGCCUCAGAAAAGAAUUAGUUUCAAGUUACCGCAAAUGCCUCAAAAACUUUCAGGCUCUACUUUCUUUUAA